ACAUUUUAAACUUCUACACCGGGACCAUCUGGUUUUUUCCAGAACUUUUAGAGUUCAUCACACUUUCAAUAGACGGCGACACACAUCUCUUAGCGCAUGCGCGUCUCGUCAAUCCUUCUUUCUCGAUUUUGAAAGUCGGCCACUUAUUUUUCGGUUUGACAGGGAUAUUUGGCCAAUUUGAUUUCGAGAAACGAAGUGACAACGCUAGACUAGGUGCAUGGAUCCAAGAAUUGCUUGGUGUCCACCCGAACAACUGGGAAAAUCACACGAAGUGUGGACUAGAAUCUGGGAGACACAACUGAUAAUGGAUAGGUCUAACGUGAGUCUCAACAACUCGAAUCCAAAUCUGGAGCAAAAAGCACAGGAAUUUAUUCCUCUGGAUUACACGAACAACCUGGACCAAAAGCAGGGUCCUUCAAAUAGACAGCGGCAACUUAGUCAGGAUAAAGAGAGACAUAAAAAAGAGAACAGGGCCAGUACAUACGGCUUGAAUCAUUCGUCCUGUGUUCAUCUUUUGACGGGAGAAAAUGGCGGCGGUCUCACGCCCUGGAGGCCGUCAGCAAAACUCUAUCAACCUGAACCCUGCGUUCGUUUACAUGAUGAAAUCAAAGACUUUUUCGCGUUCAUGUCCCCACGUCCUGAAGAGUAUGCCAUGCGGGAUAGCGUCGUCAGGCGGAUCAAGAACAUCAUCAGCGAACUUUGGCCAGCUGCCCAGGUUGAGAUAUUUGGCAGCUUCAAAACUGGACUUUUUCUCCCUACAAGUGACAUAGAUCUAGUUGUCUUCGGAAACUGGGAAUCCCUCCCCCUGAGAACGCUCGAAAAAGCUGUGCUGGACAAGGGGAUUGCCGAACCGUCUGAUAUCAAAGUACUCGACAAAGCGUCCGUCCCGAUUGUGAAACUCACCGACAAGAAAACAGAAGUAAAAGUGGAUAUCAGCUUCAACAUGAACAGUGGUGUACAGAGUGCCAAGUUAAUAAAGCAAUACAUGGAGAAGUUCCCAAACCUGAAGUACCUCGUCCUUGUGCUGAAGCAGUUCCUUCUGCAGAGAGACCUUAAUGAAGUGUUCACGGGUGGCAUUAGUUCUUACAGCCUUAUUCUACUGACUAUCAGUUUCCUCCAGUUGCAUCCAAGAAUAGAUGCCACGACUUCAGAUGCGAAUCUCGGAACCUUGCUGAUUGAGUUCUUCGAAUUGUACGGGCGAAAUUUCAAUUACUUAAAAACGGGAAUCCGUAUAAAAGGCGGUGGAAGCUACAUAUCAAAAGACGACAUGCAGAAAGACAUGGAGAAUGGACACCGGCCCUCUCUGCUCUGCAUUGAAGACCCACUCACACCUGGUAACGACAUUGGACGCAGUUCUUAUGGUGCUCUACAAGUUAAACAAGCAUUUGAUUACGCAUUUCUCUCGCUCGUCUAUGCCGUCACACCGACCAACAAACAUCUUUAUAACAGAAAUGAUAGCAUACUGGGACGGAUAGUCCGCGUGACAGGUGAGGUAGUUCAGUACAGGGAGUGGAUCCAGUCGCAGUUUUCCCAAAAGAUACAGGAUAACCCAGUUGUCAACAACAAUAACAUGCGCUCCUAUGCCAGUGUUGCCACUUCAACUAAUAAUAACCGCCUAGGAGAAGAGAAACAGAGCAUUGAGAGCAGCCAGCAGCUGAGCGAGCGUGAGGGAGAGUCUGACAACAGCAGCAACUGCAGCGGUAGCUCCAUCUGUGCUUCCUCGCCAUCUUUUUCUGCUAGUUCAGGCUCCAGUUCGAGCUCUAGUAUUUCUACAUGUUCAAGUGAUACAGAUUCUGAUGCAAACACAGAUAUUCAGAAGAAGCGGAACGUAGCGCCAUCUGGCAAUGUACGUGAAAACAAGCCUCAGCACAAAGAUCUCUCUAGGAGUCGUGAGACGACAAGACACAAUGACGUCAAUCGUAGUCAGAAUAUGAAUUCUUCGCACUCGGCUCGUAGUUAUCGGGGCGGGCCCCAGCAGCGCACUGUGAGUCACAGUCACUCCUCUACUGGCAGCUUACACGAGGUCAGAACACAACCUUUUAAAAAUUCAAACACUGUUUGGACGAACCGUGGUGCACGGGGGGCCUCCCAUGACAAUAAAACCUUCAACGGCGGUAAGCGACGGAAAAACAGCAGGGAAAAUAGUCGCAACCGUGUCCGAUGAUUGUGGCUCUCUCCGUGUAAGGAGUUCUGACUGUAAACUUGUGAUCUUUCGGUGAUUUCCAAAUACUGAGUGAAUGUUUGGUAUAUUUGUGGACAGAUUGAGGAAAUGUUUGUGGAGAAAUCGAGCAGCAAGGAAACGUUCCAUGGUGCCUGGUUUGGAUACGUGUGCAGAAUUUCGCGAAUGAGUUGUAUGCGAUGGAGCUGAGUAGUUCUUUCAAGAAUGAACUAGGGUCGCCUCCGCAGCAUGUUGCCAGCGGAAGUGGAGGUGCUGUCGGUAAAGUCAUUCAAUUUCAAGUCCUAAUUUCGUAGGCCUCACUCCGCAAAGUAUCUUGGACUUGAGCUUUUAUUGACCAUGAACCCUACAGGAAUAAGGAGGAUAUCCCUCAAAAAAAGUUUCAAGUGAGGCAUUUAAAAGUUGUAAACUUAACUCUUUGAUCCUUAUGCUGCAGAAAAAAAUGAACAAAAGUAAUUUCGCUGGUUCUCUUCCAAGUGUAAAUAAAAGAGAUACAGGGCCUGCAGCUAUUGCUAUGGUUGGUGUAAAUAGCUUUCGUCACAUUAUGACUGUGUAAGGAUCGGGUCCAUUUGGCCAUUUCUGUCUGAACACUCCAUGGCGAUUUUUUGCUGAGCUUGAUUCAUGUUAAAAGUGUCUGACUGGGAUUUUAGAAGUGUUGUCAGUGUCAAAGUGGGAUUUGGGAAUAGUGGUCACACACCUCGUCUGACACACUGGGAUUUGGGAAGUGUUGUCAGUGUUAGACUGGGAUUUUGGGAAGUGUGAUCAAAGGUCCUAUCUGUCAUAGACAGUUUGGCCUCAUCUGGCUGACUGUCUCGUGGAAAGUGCAUUCCAGUAGAAGUCUAUCAACUAGACUAGAUCUUGGAGUUGCAUCCACGGGCCAAGCUGAGACUGACCCUUCUUGAGUGUUUUAAAACAGCUGGCUGUGGCUGGUAUUAUUUUAUUCUUUGGUCGCAAAGCUUGUUGAUAAUAUAAACACGCAGCCACUUGCUGUCCAAUUGAUUGCAGUGAUAUUUUUUAGUUUGCUUGCCAUACUGUGAUUGCGUUCUUCUCUCAAGCAAAUGUAUACCUUGCUUUGAGAUUUUCCCUUACAGGGCUAAUCCAACUCCUGAAAUUGAUUUAUAGCCGAAAAUAAUUUUGGUGGAGAGAACUGGAGACAUGUCUGUUUUCUUGUAUCACUCGAGGUAGGCAAGCCAUAAGUCAAUCAUGUUCUAUAUAGUCUAUAAACUGUCUUCUUUAGAUGGCAGGAAUGAUGGACAAGGGGUUUGUGGGAUGCCAGUGGGGGCAGUUCAUGAAGAAGAAUUGCGAAAAAAAGGUGAACAGGUACAGGUAAAGAGAGGCAGUGUAUUGCCUUUAAAGUGAGUGUAGACAGAGGCUCUCAUGGUAUGUGCUCCAAAAACAAGACUACCUGGUCUGACUUCCUAAAUGUGUGCUGUCCGUCUGAGGUAUUCGGCAGAUCGUAUAUAUGUGGCUUGGUGCAACCUAAGUUUGGUAGAAAAUGUUAUAAGAUUUUAAGGGAACUGUGUGAAAUUUUGCCACAUUUUGGUUUCAGACAAUCUAGGGUGCAGUCGGCCAUAUGCCUUGGCUAAACAAUGCCAUAACGUAAGAUCUUUCUUGUACUGCAUUUGCUUCUUGUGAUGUAAGAUGCAUUUUUAUUAUAGCAACCUUUUCCAGACUGAGGAAACCUCAAAACCAUUCAGCCAUGUACAUGUCAAAGCUACUAACUGUUAUUUUCAUGUUAUUUGCUGGAGAAAGUCCCAGUCUGGAAAAGAUUGACGCCUGUUCAUCCUUAUGUUCUGUUUGUUUAUUAUUUGCUCUGGUGGAUGAGGGCAGGACAGGAUAUGUUGCAGUACUUAGUAUUCCCACAGUUGCAUUUGGUCAGUGUCUUCCCUGUGGUUGUACACAGAAUAUCUCUCCUGUGUACAGUUCACUUACGAUGCCAGAAUACCGUCCCAGUUGAGCUGGGAAGUUCUGGAAAAACUUAGCUGCACGCGUAUGUGCUCGUCCUUGUAAUACCUGUAUUACACAUUAGUAUUACUAUUAUUCUUUAUCAUGACUAUGUAUUAUUUUGUAACCUCUUGUACUACAUGUAAAAAUAUGUACCCAUAUCACUCCAGCUGCACGUUUUUAAAGGAAAAAUGCAGCAUUCUAGGUGUCUGUGAUUGCAUAUCCAUGUCUUUCAAUUGCAUGACGUUCACAGCAUUUAAUGCCACCUCUGUGUCAAAUUUAGAAGGUAAAUUUCCCUCUCUGAAGCAAGUUUUUCACCUAUUGGACUUCAGAUCUGCUUCUUAAUCCCAGGAGACAUGUAACAAGGCAUAGAAACAAACUUUUGGCGGCGGGAAAUGCAUUUUUCAGACCAGUGAUGCGAAUAAUGAAAUAAAACUGGCCCCAUGUAAGGUACCCAUAUCACUGUUAAAAGAGAAGAUGGGAUGAAACUUGUGCAAUAGCAAGGCCUAGUAUCACUCUCGGACCUUUAUCAUGCCUGUCUUUUGAACCUCAUCCACCACAGUGACAAUAAAUGUUCAAAUUGUAUUUUUCAUCAGCGAUAUUGUUACAAUUCUCAUCAUUCCAUAAUGUUGUUCACCAAUGAGUGAAGCGUUUCGUUUCUGAGACCAAGUCAGUGGUUUUAUCAGCAGAGCUGCCAACCGGCAAAAAUAUGUGGUUUAAAACUUGCUCAUCGUUUGGAUUUUAGCAUGUAAACAGGGGAUUUUGUCAAGUUUAUUUAAAGACUGGGUUAAUCUGUACAUGUGUAAAAUAUCUUUGUAUAUAUUUUAAGAUUUUCUUAAAUGACUGUUGCGUAAUGUACAGUUGAACGGGGCAAGAUGAUGUAAAACUUGUCAUGGUUUCAGAAUAAGAACUGGCAAAAAAAUUGUGGUUGACAUUGUCCUGAUGUGUGUGAAGUGUCACUGACGACAUGGGUAGUGCCGUCUGGGAGUUAAUCCAUCUCUGAGAAGUUUUUGAGACACUGGUGGGUAGGGUUCUGUUGUCAGUGCUUGUUGACUUGGUUUUGGAGAGUGUUAGAAUAAAGUUGGCAGCUCUGGUUUUAGAUUUCGUUGUGCAGACUACAGUUUUCAAUAUACAUGUAUGACAUAUAAACUUGCGAUACUUUCUGUUAAAAACUCAAUAGCGUGUUUUAAAUACCUGUAGUCGUUUUUGUACAUUUUGUAUGUGUAUGAACAUGUCACAUAAUUGAAGGUGCAUAAUGUUUUUAAAACAUUCCGUUUAAAAAAAGUAUAAAAAGAAAACAACAAAAAAAAUACAAAAAAGUUCAAAAAUGCUAGAUUUUAUGUCUUAAAAUAUGUGUUGGAGCUUAAAAAUAAUCAUGAGGGUUAAAUUUGGAGGAAAGAAAAAUGUUUCAUAGAAUUGGCAUUGACAUUAAAGGUUUGUCGGAACUGCUCUGGUGAGAGCUUGUCUGUUUCCUGAGUCAUCCAUAUGCCUUUGUUAAUAAUCAUUAAGAAAUCUCAUUGGCCAACAAGCAGAAAAAGGUUGCAUCAUCUGCAUACUACGUAUAACUAAGUUGUUUGUGUAAUUUGGUUGCUCUGAAAUAUUUUAAUAGCCUAAUAAUUCCUUUGACUGAAAACAACCGUUUUGAAUGUUAACAUCAGCACAGACUUGGAAUGCCAUUGCCCCCCCCCCCCCAAAAGUAUUAUUCAUAAUUUCAGUUUUUUGGGUCUGUGUACUGUCACUUGAACUCAAGUACUUAUAUGUUACCAUGACUACAGUAUUAAAUGCAAUAAACCAGAAGCACAGGGGAAGACUUAGUGACUUAUGGAUAACUAUCCAAAUGUACAUAAAUUAUGGUAAGAAAACACAAAAGUAAAAAAUCUAUAAAAUGAAUUUAUGGAGACUCAUAUGUCAUGAAAAAAAAACACAAAUAAAUUUGAGUCAGUCACAAACCAAAAAAAUCUGCUGCAAGGAUAAAUUGGUGGUCGUAUAUGAUUUCAGUUCAAAUCAAUUGUAUUUCUGGAUUGCUCGCAUGAGAAAAUUGCAUAUAGCUUCCAAAAGUUUUCUUUCACUUUGACGUAUUGCAUGAACUUACUCAUAAAAUAAGGUGUACCAAUCGAAAACUUCCAAUAAAAAUGCCAGUGCAUCUACUUAUUAGACAUUUGGGACAAAUAAAAUGAUAUUUCUGCUCCAGGUUAAUAACCCAAAGGAAAUGUUUUGAAAAUGUGUUGAGUUUCUUAAAGAAAAAAUCCUCUUAUUUUAUUAAUGUACACAACUUAGCUUUUACUCCUGUAGUGUCCAUGUUGAGAUAUAAAAUGACCUGAAUGAAAUGAAAGUCUAAGAAAAUGCAUAGUUAACAAAAUCGGAAAAUAUAUAAUAGACUGAAGUGAAACCAACUAAACAUUAUCAAAUUUUGAACAAAUUUGGCUAUGAUUUUUAAUCUUUUUUUUACAGAUGGAAGGUCCAUAAACUAGCUUUUAUUUUUCUGUGUGAAUUAUACCCUUCCCAGAAGUUCUUUUGUGUUGUAAUAAGCUUUUAUCGACUAAGUUUUUAACUUGAUUUGCACCAGUUUCAUCAGGAUAGCAUCGCUUUCAAUCAGUGGAUAUUGGCGAUGGCUGUGACAGCAUUGUAAAGGCUUCGUCACUGCAACACACUUUGUGUUCACUGAAACAUUUCGCAAUUUGCUUGAACGCUGCCAUUUCUUUACCAAUUUUCAAUCUACACGUAUAUGAAUGAGGCAAUUAUAAACUGAGGCUGAAUUCAUUCCAUAAAAGUCGAUCUUUCUGAUGAAUCCGGUGAAAUCAAACUUAAUUAAGAACGAUUCUUCAAUUUUAUUCAUUGCUAUAUCUUAUUUGAAUGAUAUCCAGAUAUAUGCACAGGGUUUCCCCGAGUCCUCAAAUCUAUGUAAAGUCCUUUGUCUGUUUUGUAAAAUGUCCCAGAAGACUUGGAAAAAUAAACUUGUUUCAU